AUGGCUCUUUUAAGGCCGCGAGAGAAGCUCCUCAGGGCCGCCAUUGCUGCGGAAAGCCGCCUUCGCUACAGGGGCCGCCGCAUGCACAAGCGUUUCCGCAGCUGGUCGCAGCACAGAGUGCGUCAGUACUGGCUGCCUCAAAAGGUGUCGCUGCAUGCAGACCCAAGAGAAAUGAGUCCAGCUUACCUCAGCGCUGCGGUGCAGAAAGCUGCGACUUUGCGCAAGCACGAUGCUGCUCUCUGGUUUGGCUUCUCUCGACGGGCGCAGCAAGUGGCAGACAGUUGCACCCCGCAGCAGCUGGGCUACCUUUUCUACGGGUAA